UUAGGUCGUUAGGAGAACUUACUGUGAACAGGCCCUUUUAUUGCUUCAAAAGAUGUCUCCCAUUUCAAGCAAGCAACACCCAUGCCUGAGGGAUCCCUCCUGGCAUCUCUUUCUCAGUCACCUUGAGUCUGGCCUAAUCAAAGACUGAGGUUAUGAAGUCGAUCCUAGAUGGCCUUGCAGAUACCACCUUCCGAACCAUCACCACAGACCUCCUCUACGUGGGCUCAAAUGACAUUCAGUACGAAGACAUCAAGGGAGACAUGGCAUCCAAAUUAGGAUACUUCCCACAGAAAUUCCCUCUGACUUCCUUCAGGGGUAGCCCCUUCCAAGAAAAGAUGACUGCAGGAGACAACUCCCCGUUGGUCCCAGCAGGAGACACAACAAACAUUACCGAGUUCUAUAACAAGUCUCUCUCGUCAUUCAAGGAGAAUGAGGACAACAUCCAAUGUGGGGAGAACUUUAUGGACAUGGAGUGCUUCAUGAUUCUGAAUCCCAGCCAGCAGCUGGCCAUCGCCGUACUGUCUCUCACACUGGGUACCUUCACGGUUCUGGAGAACCUGCUGGUGCUCUGUGUCAUCCUGCACUCCCGCAGCCUCCGAUGCAGGCCUUCCUACCACUUCAUUGGCAGCCUGGCAGUGGCCGACCUCCUGGGAAGUGUCAUUUUUGUCUACAGCUUUGUUGACUUCCACGUGUUCCACCGUAAAGACAGCCCCAAUGUGUUUCUGUUCAAACUGGGUGGGGUUACAGCCUCCUUUACGGCUUCUGUGGGGAGCCUGUUCCUCACAGCCAUCGACAGGUACAUAUCCAUUCAUAGGCCCCUGGCCUAUAAGAGGAUCGUCACCAGACCCAAGGCUGUAGUGGCCUUUUGCUUGAUGUGGACUAUUGCAAUAGUAAUUGCUGUGUUGCCUCUCCUGGGCUGGAACUGCAAGAAGCUGCAAUCUGUUUGCUCGGACAUUUUCCCACUAAUUGAUGAAACCUACCUGAUGUUCUGGAUUGGAGUCACCAGUGUGCUGUUGCUGUUCAUUGUGUAUGCAUACAUGUACAUUCUCUGGAAGGCUCACAGCCACGCGGUCCGGAUGAUUCAACGUGGAACACAGAAGAGCAUCAUCAUCCAUACAUCAGAAGAUGGCAAGGUGCAGGUGACCCGGCCUGACCAAGCCCGCAUGGACAUUAGGCUGGCCAAAACCCUGGUUCUGAUCCUGGUAGUGUUGAUCAUCUGCUGGGGCCCUCUGCUUGCAAUCAUGGUGUAUGAUGUCUUUGGGAAGAUGAACAAGCUUAUCAAGACGGUGUUUGCCUUCUGUAGUAUGCUCUGCCUGCUGAACUCCACCGUGAACCCCAUCAUCUAUGCUUUGAGGAGCAAGGACCUGAGGCAUGCUUUCCGCAGCAUGUUCCCUUCAUGUGAAGGCACUGCACAGCCUCUAGACAACAGCAUGGGGGACUCAGACUGCCUGCACAAGCAUGCCAAUAACACAGCCAGCAUGCACAGGGCCGCCGAAAGCUGCAUCAAGAGCACUGUUAAGAUCGCCAAGGUGACCAUGUCUGUGUCCACAGACACGUCUGCCGAGGCUCUGUGAGCUCGCUGCUUUUGUGGCUGCACAGAAAACGAAAUUUUUUUUUUUUAGCUUACAAUUUAGAAGUCUGUUGUCUCAUCGGUUAUAUAUUUUUAUUUUAAGUUUACCAUGUUUAGUAAAAUAGUGAUUGUCGCCGUGCUUACUUAGUUUUCUGACAUCUCAAUAGUUUAGGUACUUAAACUCCAUUCCCCAGGGGUUUACAGUGAGGAAAGCCUGUCGCUUCAGUUACUCGGCAGUCCUUCAAAGUCUCUGAAAUAGAAGGGAAAACUUUGGCUUCCAAAUCUGAGGCCUAACUAUCCAUAGAAAACCACCGUGAAAUGAGUAAUCCCUCUGUAACCACAACUUUCAUGAAGCUGUGUCUGUCUAUAGUAUUAAAAGGAUACAGUUUUACAAUAAGUAUAGUGCUAAUUUAGAGAUACUUUGUGACAUGUUCUCUGUCCUGUUAUGUGUCAGUGUUUACUGUGUCGUUUAUUUAUGUAGCUUAGCAAAACCAGAAUUUAGCCCUCGUAAGAGUGAUGGUACACAGGGGUGGAUGUCUAGCAGAGUGACCCCUGUUUAGAUAGUGUUACUGUCCAUGAUAUAAUUUUAGAAACUUUAGUAUUUCUUCCAAUAUCCGUAUCUAAAGUUAAUACUGAAAUAAGCAUAAAGGUUUAUUUUUCUGUUAAAACAAGAAGAAUUUGAAGACUGUUCAAAGUGUUGAGCAGAUUCAUGGACACUAACUGUGUUAGGCCUGCCUUUUCAUAUGAGGACAUUUCCUAUCUUCUGGACCACAGCUGUUCAGCUGGGUAGUGGAUUAUAAUCAGAAUGGAAAAGAGAAAGCACAUUGACUUUUAAGGCUGACACUCUGACUUUCUGCAGUCAUUAGCUAUAACUGGACCUCUUAAGACAGCAUGUGUCAAUCUUAGUGUAUACUGUGAUCACUGUGCAGUUGCUGUUUACUUGACGUGUAUUGCAUUGUUAUGUUCUGGAUUUAAGUAGAUUCCAGGCCUGGAUGGCCAAAAAAACAGUUGUCUUUUCCUUAACUGAGAAGAAAUAUUGUCUGGCUCAGUACAAUUGUAAGUGUGAUUGUAAAUGUGUGUGUAUGUGUAUGUGUGUGUGUAUUCUAUCUUGUAACUGUUACAGCCAUGUCCCCACACUAGAAAACUGACCAAGUGUGGACCGUACCACUUGCUGCGCUCUUGCUCACCAAUUUAGUGUCUACAAUUAUGCUCUUCAUGAAAUCCUGUUUAUAAAAAUUCUGACUACAACCUUUCAGAAGAAUCUUCCCAUCUAGGAGAUUGGAUUAAGUAUUCUGAUGACAUUUAGGUGUUCUGUAAGGCCAGCGUUCAGCAAGAAGUAACCAGUAAGAGGUGCCAAAAAGUAGAGGACUCUCCCAAGGAGAGGAGGGUGUGGGGGAUGGUGAUCACUUACUAUUCAUCAAGUCCAUGGAAAUGGAAAUCAGUAAAGGGGGAUGGUUCUAAGACCUUUAAAAAAACCACACCCCUACAGUAGCAAGUUUCAGUGGUGCAUGUCAGUACUGCAAUCUCAGGCUAAGUAGCACCAUACCAGUUCCCAGGUCUAGGCCAUUCCCUCACAGAGAGUGAAUAGGACAGAGGGUAUCUAUAACAAAUGGGCAGUGAAAACCUGGUGACAGCCCAGUACCUGGCUCUGUUUAGAUAUAUUUGGGUUAAGGAAAAGGCAGUGCUUCCACUUGCUGGUAUCAAGAUGUGCCAAAUCAUAGAGAUGAGGGUGGCUAGCUUCUGAUUGACAUCUCUGCCACGGUGCUCAAAAUUGGGCCCUUUUCUGAUAAAGAGAAGUAUUGCUUUUAAGAAUCCACUUAAUCCUGGUAAGUUAUACAUAGAGUUUCUCCUUGUACAGGUUCUCACCAGUCCCGAGGACUGCAUAGCAUGAAGCGGAGAGCUAGCAUCUGCCUGUGAUUUCUAGCAUUUGGAGUUCCCAGCCUGAUGAAGCAGUGGCCCUUCUUGCAAUCAAUGUGACCUGAGGGCCAAGCUAGAAUAUAUCUAGAUUGCCUGCCGAGUCUCUUGCUUUUCUUCUCUGUGCACAGGAUGCUUGAGGAUUAGUAACUCCACAGAGAAGGGUAUGAUAGAAUACCACCAGGGGCUAGGAAUUGCCAGUCUUGUCCUACAUGAACCUGAAUAUCAAUCAACAUGUCUCUAGCUACCAGGCAGUACCACCUCUUCUCACAGCUAUAAAGACCUGGUAGGAAAUUCUAGGUAUAGGUAUUAAAAAAAAAAAUCCAAGAUUCACUUUUAGAACUGUAUUUGUGUAAAUGCCAUUUUAGUGAUAAGAUUUUAUAGUGUAUUGAACUUUCAAGACCUAACUCAUACUUAAUAAGCUAAGGGACAAUGGGGCUGAUAGCACUAAACUUGGUGCUUAUUGAUACUCUAAGAAAUAUCUGUGAAAUAUCAUCAUGUGUGCGUUAAGCUACCUUCAUUUAAAAGGACUUAAAAUUAGUUGGAUCCCCUUUGGCUUUUCCCAUAGCAUUUCCUAACCCUGUUGACCAAAACAUUCUCCCCAGUGAGUAUUAGUCGUUGGAAUCACAUUCAUUAGUGUCAUUCAUUAACCAGCCCCUUAAUUAGAUUCAUUAAUUUAAAUGAUUUUAAUUUGAUCAUUUAUACACUCUGGCAUCAGGGUUAUCUAUUUCCCUCUGACAUGUGUCCUGAACAUUCAUUCCUCAGCCAUUACUCACCUUAAAAGGGGGACAAUUCCCAAACUGCUUGACUUCAUCCAGAUAAGGACUCAGUCCUAGACUAAUAGUAUCCGUUAAACAAAGAGAGCUGUCUCUACCAGGCCCUAGGUUUUCAACUAUGUAUUAAAUAUAUGUAAAAGUAAAUGUGCAUCUGGGCAGCUUAGACAUAUGUCUGUGCCAGAUGACUCCAGAGCUGUCUGGUACUUACUGUCAGGUUUAGCUAGUGUCAAAUGCCAAGGAAUUGUUGCUACCUAAACCCAUCUGGGAAAUAGGCCCAACUACCAGAUGAGAACUAGGUCUCUAGUAACCAUUCAGUUCAUUAAUUUUUGCCAUUCCAUAUCCAUAACCAGGACCACUAACAUCAUGCACAAAAUUAGAUUCCUCAUACUCUUGACUGUAUAUUUGUAUGAUAUUUUAAAAUCUCCUAAAUGGCCAUUCACAGUUGCUUUGCACUGGCCUUCUGAUAAAAUGUUAACACAUCUAUUGUAAUAUACACAAAACAUUCUAUUUACUGAUUUGGACUGAAUGUAUGUACAUAGGUUUUACAAAAAAGUCAGACGUUGAAGCAGUGGUUUACAGAUCAGUGAUUUUCAGAUAGAGUUUCUUUCAGUUGCUGUGGAAUCUUUAAAAAGCACUCUUCGCGUGAACUUACUGAACUCUAGGGGUCCUGGGGAUCAGAGUUCCCUAGAGAGGAAACCUUUUCUUGUAAUAAUAUGAACCAAGAUACCAGAUUAUCUUGAUUCUCACUUCCAGUGUUUCAAGUGGAAAACAUAUCUCCUUAUUGUCUCUGUAAAUGGAACAUCCUUACUUUUCCUCUUAAAGAAUAUUGUGCUGUUAGAUGUUUGUUGAACUGGUAGCAUCAUUGAGACUGCUGUGAUGUCUUUGUCAGUAAUCUGUAUAAUAUUUUGUAUACAAGUACUGGUAAGAUUGUUAUUAAAUGUAGCUCUGGUCAUUAAAUUACUAUAGCAAAGUAGUACUUCUGUAAUAUUUACAAUGUAUUAAGCCUACAGUAUAUUUUAUUUCAUUGAUGUAAUUUAAUUGUUAUUUAUUCAAGAGAAAACAGUUCAUCAUGUCUAUUGUCUAAAAUUACCUGGAAUCAAAUAAAAGUUCUAGAUUAUCA